AUGGCGGUGGAGUCGCUGGCGACGCUGUGUGUGUUGUCGCUGAUCGACCAUCGCGACCUGCUGGGCGACCUUGGCGACAUGGACCUGUCGCUGCUGCGACCCGUAUUUGAACACUGCACGGCGGAUCAACUGGACCGGAUUGAGAAUGAAAAUAAGGAUCGUGACUUUACCCCUUUCACAGACGACCUCUGGGAGCGGUGCUACGAACGCAGGUACGGCAUGGAUGGCGCGCAGCAGGUUCAGGACAGAAUGAAGCAAGCGAAAGUACUCUACACGUGGCGCCAGCUGUACCAUGCUCGGCAGCAGGCGGAUGAUCGCACGCAGCAGAAGUGCGUGUCGCGACUGAAAGAGCUCUAUCACCGGGCAGAUGAAGUGAAAAAGCAGCGUCGGCUGCAGGUGCUCGAGAAGCCGCGCCUCUCAGUCACACGCAGGAGAAUGUUCUCCUCAGGGCCCUCCUCUCAAGCAGCAGCGUGGGCGAACAAGGCUGGCAGCUCCAUGCUCAAGAAGGCUCGCCUGGGAUAUGCCAACAGUGUGCAGGCACGACUAGUGUCAGACAUCAAGAAGAAACCACUCAACUACUCCCAUAAUAACCCAAGCUUUUGCCUUCUCUCUCUCCCUCCUCCCCUACUCUGCUCCAUCGCACCUUGCAGUGUGCAGGCACGCCUAGUGUCAGACAUCAAGAAGAAACCUCUCAACUACUCCCCGCCCCGCUCAUACACGCACAGACCCUCCUCGCUCUCCUCCUCCCCAGCUGCACGGGCAACCAGCAGAGCCGCUGUUAGCACCAGCCCUGCGGUUACCAGGCAGCUUAGUUCCACGCGUGCAUUUUCUGGGCAGAUUUCAGCCAAUCACAGCCCUCAUGCCCGCCUUUCUGCCCGGGAGUCACCUUCUGGCCGGGGCUUUUCCGAACCAGCAAGGGCCAUGGGGAUGGAGGCUCGGGGGCAGGUUCGGGAGCAGGCUAGGGGUUCGGCCGGAGCAGGAAUCCUGAAUAUAGUUGACCAUAGAGGGGGGUUCGUGGGUGCAGAGGAGACGUGGGAGGGUGGUAAGAGGAGAUGCAGAGAUGGGGAGGGAAGCAGAGAGAGACGAAUGAAUAGUGGCAUAGACAGGGACAGGAACAGGGACAGGGGCAGAGAUUGGGAGUGGGAGAGUGGAGGAGGAGAAAGUGGAGAGGAGGAGAGAGAUACGGACGACCAUGAGGAGGACGAGAACCACGGGAAGAGGAGGAGAGAGACUGACAGGGGAAGAGGGAGAGGGAACGGCGGGGAUGCAGAGCAGGAUGGGGAGUGGAAUAGGGACAGAAGUAAAGGAUGUGGUAGGGGCGGAGGUGGAGGAAACGACAGGAGGCAGGCUGAUGGAUUGGGUGGGAGGAGCAAGAGCAGUCCUGUGCAGGCCGGCAGCAUGGAGCGUGUUGCUGAGAGAGGAGCAGGGAGCUUCAAGGGGAAGCGGAAGUUUGAGAGCAGCAUGGAUUGGGGCGUGUAG